AUGUCGACACCAAAGAAACAGGAAGUCCCAGAAGAGCACGAAAACUUCAUUGUGAAGUUUAUCAUGAUGUUGCUCUCGCCGGGAGUGAACUCGGCGUCUCUGAUUCUGCUGAACAUGACGCUCGUUAUGGAAUGGAUAUUUAUUAUUGUGAGCCUCUUUUACCGCUACUAUAACAUCCAUGUCUACAUUCUCGGCUUCCUGACGACAGCGCUCGUAUUAUUCGUUAACUUUUAUGCCCCUGCAAUUAACGAAGCUGUUAACGCAUCUGAAGAGAAAAAGAACGAUUAAUC